AGCUGUGAGCCACUCGUUGUAGGAUUAUCUGUUUGUGGGUCAACACCAGAGGUGUGUGGAUGAGCAGUCUGGCAAUAGCUGUUACUAUCUGUGUGGUAACACCUCCGCGGCGGACGAGACCAGCCGGUUACUAAACCGCGCCUAGGAGUUUGGUCAGGCCAAAGCCUGGUGUUUGGCUGGGUUCAAAUAUGGCUCUGCCAUUCCUUCUGGUCUUUGCUGCCACCGUGAUUCUUAUCAGACCCGAGACGCCUGUAACUAAGGCCCUACAUCAGAACUCACUUGAAUGUUGUGGUGAUAAGCAAAAAGCUAACAGUUCAUGCUCAAAUGACACCCACUGUGAACCAGGAUGUUUCCUGCGCGUCCUCGAGAACACCAACACCGUCUGCAUAUUGUGCGACUCGGCAGCUGUCGAUUUAGAAAACGUAACAGUCUGCACCUACAACUACACACUGGAGCGUAAAAAUCAUACAACUGUAACGACAGUUGUUCCUAAAAUUGGUGGCCCUGGUGUGGCAGCCUCUCUACUUCUGGGAACGCUGUUGAUCAGCCUCUUCCUGAUACUCUCUGUCGCCUCCUUUUUCUACCUCAAACGCUCCAACCGACUUCCAAGUAUCUUCUACCGCCGCAACAAGGCCUUCAUAUUUCAACCAAGUGAGACAGCUGUUAUGAUCCCCUCCUCGUCAGUGAGGAAACCCAGAUAUGUCCGAAGAGAGCGACCCUCUGCUUCGUCAACACUGAACAGUGCAACCAUCACGACAACUUCAUCUGCUCAAGUUUAUAAUGUGUAGGGUGGGGGGUGGGGGGGGUGCAGGUAGGAGAGAGAGCUCAGGAACGUCGUAAGAUUUACAAAAGGGCGACGGAAGACAAGAUGACUCUAAUAAGGAUGGCCAAAUUUAACUGUAGCUGCUUUUGCUGCAUUCAUGUCAAUAGGGCUGUUAAUUUUUCUCUAUGUAUUGAGAGUAUAACAAAAAACUGACCAGUAUCAAGUAACUAACUUUCUGGGGCUCUGAACUGUCUUGUACACAAUUAGUUAUUCGUUAAAAAUGAAGCAGACACGCAGUCUAGCCGUCCUAGGAAAAAUGGCUCGUGUUCAUGUGCAAGUUUGUCUUUUCUUGUGGUGAACGAGAGUUGCCCGUCUCACGAUCAUGACUCAGUUUAAGUGGAAAUGCUGUCGGCAAGCGUUUUUUAUCUGCUGCGUUUGGUAAAUGAAGAGUUUGGUGAACAUGUGGAUGCCUGUCAGGUUUGACUCGUAAACCGUUCGUCGUGUGGACUUAGCAACAGAACGGUAACAUGCGAUGAACAUUUUGUUUUUACUUGUGUGCUAUUUAUUUGCAUUUUGUAACUUGCACUGAGUUUUACUGCUUAGAAUUAGGCUGACAGGUUAAAAGACGUGUCAUCAUAGUUUUAUUUCUUCUCUGGUGGACCAGGUCUGUAGGCACUAUAUUAAUGAUGGAUUGUUUGAUUGUAUUUUGUACUCUUGUUGUUGCCGUUGUAUUUAUUAUUUUUGUAAUCAGCCAAGGUGAAUGUAUUCCACGUGCAUAACACAGAGCAUGCAUUGCAGUUGCAUGCACUUUUUUUUUUCAUUCCAUGUGCAGAGCCACUCCUUCGCUCUUUUUUUUUUUUUUUUUUUUUUUUUUAGAGCUGUGAUCCUGCUGAUGCAUAUAAAAUAAGAGUUCCUGUUUUUUCCUGUCAAAAUUUAGAAUUUCCAAACAUCCCCGUGCACUUUAUACAUCUGAGGUCUUCACUGGACUUUGGACCUCGAUUUUUUUUUUUCCAAAGAAAUCAAUGUUGCUAUUUAGUGUGAUUGAGAUUUUUAUUUUCUUUCUGUUGCAUAGACGGCAGCUCUGUAGUUGCAUUUUGAACAUUACUUGAUUACUAUUAACUUUGCCAAAUGUAUGAAGAAUAUGGCUUUGUCCUAAAUGCUGUUACUGUGAUGACUCUGCCAUUAUGAGCUUUAAAUGGAGCCAGGAAGCAUUUAAUCACAAUGUGUCUGUACUAAUAAUUGGGUAUUUGAAUUAUGACAAGUGGCCUUUUUACUGUAGCUCCAAUCCUAAACCCUCUCCAAGUUCUAUAUUGUAGUUUUGAUUCACAAGAUGGUUCUAAAAGUUAUGUCUGUCUUCAGUAUGCGUGGAGCAAUCUGAACUGAACCAGAUGAAAGGCAGCAGUUAUUCCAUGAAUAUUCCUCUUUUGGCUUCAUGUGUUUACUGUUGUACAAACAACCAUAAGCUAAAAACAUGUACAUAUUGUUUUAUACAAAUGAUGUAUCGUUUUUGUAAUGAUGUACAUAUUCUAGUUUCAGUGCCAUGAAUAAAUUCAGAAGAUCUAAGUAUUGUUUGCAGAAAUAAA